AUGCCUAUAUUAAAUAUUUAUGAUAAUGUUCCAGUUUUUAUACAUUUUGUAGGUGGGUACAUCUUAGCUUAUGGUGGUUUAAUUUUAAACUUUAUUGUAAUGCUAUUUACUUAUGAAAAAAAUUUAAUUAAUGAAAAUAAGGAACAAAGAUUUAUAACAAGAGUUAAUUGUUUUACAAAUAUGUAUUAUGCUGUUAUUUCUUUAGUUGUUCAUCCACAAAUAGAAAUAAUUCAUGGUACUAUUUUGUUGAGAUGUCAUGGUUUAGGAAGAUCAAUUAUAAAUCCAAUCACUAGAAUUAUUCUUUUUGGUGUUUAUAUAUAUGCUUAUAUCAUGAUUUUUACUAUAGUUUCUAUAGGAUUUCAAUUUCGAUAUAAUUUACUUUGUAAAAGAAUUUUAUUAACAACAUCACAACUUGGUAGAUAUUAUUUUAUUUGUUUUAUUUACUCAAUUAUUUCUGGAAUUAUCUAUUCAUUAAAUUUUUCUCCAAUUGUACCAUUAAAAUUUAGAAAUGAAGUCAAUUUAAAUGAAACAAUUUGGAUAAAUGAAGAACCAUUUUUUUGGAAUCAUGUUUUGAUUAAUAAUGGGAAUAAUAUUUUUUUACUAUUAACAAUAUUUUUAUAUUUUACAUUAACUGUUACUUCCUAUGGUAUUAAUAUAUUUUUUAUUGUUAAAAUGAAAAUGUUAAUAAAAAGUAACAAAUUACGUCUCAGUAAAAAAACACUCCUUCUUCAAAAACAAUUUAACACAAUUUUGAAUGUUCAAUCUAUAGCACCAAUAUUUGUAAUAUUAUUACCAAUAUUAUUAGGUAUAAUAUUAGUAAUAGCAAAAAUUCGAAUAAAUGGUUUUGGACUUUUUAUAAUUCUUGGUCUUGAAGCAGUUCCUUUUGUUAAUGGUUUAUCUGUCAUAGUAUUAACCAAAGAAUAUAGAUUAAAAAAAAGAUGUAUUAAAAAUACUUUAACAAAGACAACAACAAAAGUUAUUUUAACAAAAUGA